AUGGUGUCUGCACAGCAAGAGCAGAAGGAGCGGCCGCAUUUAGACCUGAAACAGAUCAAAGCUCAUCUCAAGGUUCUUGAUAUCUCGCUCUCGCCGUUCGAGGCGAAAGCAACCCUCCUGAGGCUCAACGAGACCAACAUAGAGUGCCAAGACAAGAUGGGGGCCAAGGCAGAGACAGACUUCGAUGGAGGCUGCGGCUGCUCGCACUGGAAAUACGAGCACAACUCGACAUGCGAGGACAGAUACCGGCUGUCUAGCAUGUCCAGCGGUCUUGAUGUAGAGAUCCCCGGGUUGAUGCCUUGCUUCACGUAUGAGGAUUGCACGAACCAGUCGCUGCGCAAGUUUGAAUGGAUUCGACCAAAGAUCUCCGAGUGCGAGGAAAAGCGAGCAAGGUUCUGGGACUUUGCGAACAGGACAAAUUCCAGCAUCCAGGACGAUCUGCGCAAGAGAGACUCCGAGCUGAAGACUAUCGAGGAAUGGAUCAAAGACCUCAGGAAGGAGAACCACGUCAUGGUAGCUUCGCUCAAGCACUACCAUGAGUUGAACGCCGAGAACAAGAGACUCAACAAGGAAUUCUCAGCCAUGAAGCAGGAGAAGGACGAUCUAGAGCAUAAGAUCUCCGAGCUGCGGUCUCGCCUGGAGGAGCUGCGGCAGAAGAGAGCUUCGAUGGUUAUCAAGCUCCCAGAGUUCUUGACCAAGUGCCAAGAGAACUUCUUCAAGAUGAGAGAGGGGCUGGUCAGCCGCGGCAUCCCUCUCCCCAAGUUAGAAAUAUUUUACAACUUUUAG